CAACUGGAUUUUUUUCUACGAAUUUUGAAGUUUCCCAAUAAAGUCAAAAUAAAAAUUUUGAAGUUUAAUAAUCAAAUUAAAAAGUUGACAUAAGUUCAUGUCAAAAGUAUUGGCGCAAAUUACUUUAGCUAAAAAAAAUGUUAUCGCCAAUCGUAAACAAAUAAUGCUUUCAUGAUUUCAUGAUAAAGGAACCACGCAGAAGGUCUACAUAGAAUAUGCAUAUGGGUGUUGUAAUAUCAGAGAGAAAAAAAGAAAUAAAAAAACACUUUGUGAAAAAACUACUGUAGCUUAACUGGGAAAUCGAUAUAUUAUUGAAAGCACCAUAACGGAGAAGUAGGCGACGCAUAGAAAGUCAAUCAAUUUUUGUAUGAACAGGGAAAUAUUUCAAAUUUUUCAGUUGAAGUUGAAAGACGUCGUCAUAGUUGUUAGUUUCACAUCAAAAACUGAAAUCACAAAAGAGAUUGUUGUUGACUUGCAAAAGUCUAAAAGAAUUAUUUAUUAAUUUCUUCCUUUUUUGUUGUUACUGGAUGAAACAAAUAUAACUUACUGCAAUACGAACCUCAAGCAGCAUUAAAAGAAAGCUAUUUGAUUACUUGCUCAAUAGACUUUUGAUGUGAUACGAAUCGUGUCUAUCGCGUCUUCCAAACUAUUGAUAAGGACGGUGGAAAUUGGUGUAAAAGUCCAAAAACCUAAGCAAAGAUGUUGUCGCCAGAUAGCUUGCACCAUCAAGAGGAGGUUAAUUCCGCCCUCGACCGUCAAAUACGCCAAGAAAUUCAAGACAUGGCCCAAGAAGCACGAAUUCAAGCACAAAUUAUCACACAUGAAGCGCGAGGUCGUUUUCAAUCGAAUUCAAGUGGGGAAGAUGGUCACGAAGAUAUGGAUCAUGACGGUGUUACCGUUUUGGGUGUUGUCGAAGGAGAUGAUGAUCAUCAAGAUACUAUUGUUGAAGAGGACAUCUCAGAACAUGAUAUUUCUGAUGCGCAUGAUGCCAGUAAUUACAAGGAUAUGGUGUUGGAGACUAACGAGAGCGGGAUGCCUCGCAAACGUAGAGGCAACUUGCCCAAACAUUCUGUGAAAAUCCUUAAGCGUUGGUUAUACGAGCACCGUUAUAACGCCUACCCAAGCGAUGCGGAAAAAUAUACUCUAUCUCAGGAAGCCAAUUUAACAGUUCUGCAGGUGUGCAAUUGGUUUAUAAACGCCCGCAGACGUAUAUUACCAGAAAUGAUAAGACGUGAAGGCAACGAUCCAUUACACUUUACCAUUUCUAGGCGCGGUAAAAAAUUAAAUUCAUCGAUGAAUUCACUGGGCAGCUUAAAUUCGAGUUCAGCACCUAAUCCUAUUACAGGAAGUCCGGCCUCUGAAGUCAUUGUUGGCGCUACCGAAGAAGUUGAAGGUGAGGAAGUGCACGACGGUGUCGCUAAUGUUUUGACCGCAUUAGGUCAUUUCGUUCAAACACCGGGAGGUCAUAUGGUAAAGGUGGAACCGGACAUUGAGUACGAUGACAGUGUUAUAUACAGAUGGCAGCAGGCCAUUGCUGCUAAUCCUCAAGGCUUCCAAAACCUUCAUCCACAGAUUCAAGCCAAGAUAUUAGACAAAAUUCAAGCUGCGAGACAACGCCAAGCAGCAGCCGCUGUAGCAGUCAACCAAAUUUCCAAUACCUAUACCAGUCCCGAUCAAUUGCCCACAACCACUACCACCACGCUGGCAAAUAGUAUUCCUAAUGCCGCAAUCAAUGCCCAGUAUCCGGCAAAUUCCAAUUACUUUUGCUCUCAAACUCUGAAUCAAAUCUUUCAUAUUCAAAAUAAAACAAGCUCUUCUAAGAAUCAUUUCAAUGCCAUGAGGUCGGAAGAUGACAGUGUUAACGAAUACGACACCUGCGACACCCAAAGCGAGGAGGAGGGAAAAUUCGAAAGCUCUGAUGCUUGGCAAUCGGUUAUAAACACCGAAGAAGUGACGACUACAAGUCCAACGGUCACGAAUAAUACGUAUUGGACAUCGGCGCCUCAUACGCAACUAUCGCAUCUGCCGCAUGCUUCAAGUGAUGCUGCCAUAACAACGCAAACGAAUAUUGCGCCGCAAUCAACAAACGUUGUUCUCUCCUCCACCGGUGAAAUAGUAACGGAAACCUCCGCAACCGUUGGUGCUGAAGCGACUGUCGUAACCACUCAUCCUUCCAACGCGAGUGCGGUAACGCAAAGCAAUAAAAGCUUUCUGGGCAAUACAAAUGCCAGCAGCAGUAUUAGCAAUAAUAGUAGUAGCAAUAACAACAGUUUGACUCCUGCUGUGCAAAUUACACCACCUGGCAGUCACUUAAUCAAAGGAUCCCGUGACGAUAAAGAUAAAUUCAAAUGUCUGUACCUGCUCGUUGAAACCGCCGUCGCAGUGCGCCAACGAGAAAAAGAACAAGAAGAGGAAGAAGAUGUGCAAGUUCUGGGUAACUGAUGUUAAAGAGCUUUGUUAAAAAUGGUUUGCGGACUUGCCCUAGUGCUACAGCAGAUUCUUUCUGCUUCUUCCAAUCAAUUCAACUUCGUUUCAUUUGGCGUUGUGCAGAUUUUUUCUUUUUUUUUUUUUUUUCCUUCAAAUUUUGCUCGACUUGUUCAGCUCUCGUUGCUGCCACCACCAAAUCUCUUUUCAUAAUUUUGCUUCACCUUCUUUUAACACAUAUCGUUGUUCGUUCAAGUUUUUCGUUAAGAAUUCACCGAAUAGUUUCAGAGUUUUUUUUUUUUUUACAAAAGAUCGUGUAAACCCGUUUAGUGUAAUUAGCUUCUGACCCCUUUAUAUUUAAACAAAUAGGAAUUUU